UCUCCCUGAUUUACCUUAAAAGAGACAAGACACGAGAGAGUUAUGAAGGCAACGCCCAACAUACAGUCGCUGCGUUCUCUUCACUACUGUUGCUCUGUUACCGCACCACCAACUAUUUGCUUAUUUUAGCACUCGGCGCCAGCAGGAAGUACGUCCCUCCAAGACUAGGUUGCGUCAAAGUUGACCGACUAAACCGAUAACUCAGAUUUCAUCAGUGAACGUCUGCUCACGGGAGUACUGUAAGGCAGUUUAUUUAUUAAGAAAACAUCAGCAGAAUGGCAGAAACAGACGCGACUCCUUUUGCAAGCUGUCUGGGGAACCUGAAGAGUUAUGUGCGUACUCGAAAAGGGACGAUUCUUGCCGCUGAAAUACUUAUCAGUUUCAUCAUCAUCAUCUGUUAUGCUGCAUCAAUGUAUGGCGGAUAUUCAGCAGUCGCCAUCUGUGAGAUGGUCUUUGCCAUUGUCUUCUUCGUUAUCUUCAUGAUGGAGCUGGACAAAUCCAUUCAGGUUGUGAACUGGCUAUGGAGUGACCUUUUCCGCGCUGGGAUUGGUGCACUCCUGUAUCUCAUAACCUCUUUGAUUUGUGUAAUUGGUGGAACUGGGGAUGGGGCUCGCAUCGCUGGUGGGGUGUUCGGACUGUUGGCUGGAAUUUUGUUUGCCUAUGACACUUAUACAAUCUUCCUGGAAGUCAAAAGCAACAGGCAGCACACAGCUGCACCCACAGGUCGCUGAGGGCUGUCCAAAGAAUAUUUACAACUUUCAUUUGCCAUUUGAACCAAAUGUUAUGGGGGAGAUGCCAGUGCUAGCACUGCUAUUCCACUAAAAAUAAUGCCAGUUUAAUCAGACAAAGCAUUUUAUAAUGUAGCUUCUAUCCUCUGCUCACAUCAAGUUCCUAUAACCACUUAACCUAACUAACUAGUCCCUAAUUAUUUAUUGUCUAUCUUCUUUUGUGUUUCCUUUUUGAUUUUUUAACAGAUGAGGCAGUGUGAAAACUACUCCCUUCACUACAACAUUAACAGCAACCAAAACAUGGACAAUAUAUUUUUAAAAUGGUUUAAAUGGAAGACGUCCGGAGAACAAACAAGAGCUAAAGACCAGAACAAUGAAAGUUUGAUGUAAAAAUGGCAUGAAGUAAUUGGAAAAUGCUGCAUUGUAAGAAGAAAACCACCAAAUAUGAAAGCCAUUGUGAUUUAAAGAUUUAAAGGUUUGGGUAACUUUGGUUGAUUUUAACGCAAUAUAGAGAGGUAUUGCUAAAACCUUUGUAAGGCAAGGUUAUUUUGUUCAUCUGAUAUUUAAAGAGAGUUUUUUUUGACCCAGUAAGUUUAAGAAAGGUACAACUGCCACAUUAAAAUGUUGAAAACUUGAUCUAGUUAAGUCUGGUGCUGUUUUUGUGUAAUAACACACUUUAUAUUAAGUUUGUUACGAUGUAAAAUUUCAGCCAUAGCCAUGUAACUCAUUUUUAAUAAGUAUUUUAUGCCUAAAGUAUAGUUAGUUGUAAAAAGUUGAUCUGUACUUUUGGAUUUUAAGUAGGAUUGGACUCCAAUUCAAUUAAUCUAGUUUAUAGAUCUGUUCAACUCAGUUACAGUCAAUAGUAAGUGUUUAGCAGGUGAAUGUUUAAAUAUAAAGAACUGAUUUUUAACUCUAAUAUCUAGUGCUGCCUCACGAUUAUUCGUGACUAAUCGUUUGCAGAAUAAACGUUUUUGUUUAAAUAAUGUAUGUGUGUGUACUGUGUAUAAUAAUUAUGUAUAAAUACACACACACAUGCAUGUAUAUAAUUAAGAAACAUUUGCAUGCGUAAAUACAGGUUUAUAUUUAUAUAUAAUUUAUAUUAUAUAUAAAUAUUUAUUAUAUAAAUAUAUUUUUUAUUAAAAUUAUACAUGUAUGUGUUUAUUUAUAUACACAUAAUUAUUAUACACAGCACACAGACAUAUAUUAUGUAAACAAAAACUUUUAUUCUGUAAACGAUUAGUUGCGACUAAUCAUGUGGCAGCACUACUAAUAUCUUUUACGUUACUAUGUAACAGGUAUUUAUUAUAGCAAGUUCAAACCAGUUCAUCCAGAUACCAGUUCAUCUGUUGGUACAAUAUGUCUGUUUUACAUUAACCUGCUUACAUAUUACCAUGUAACAUGUUACCUCAAAAGAUGCCAUAAAUGUGUUCUUUUUUUUUUAUUAAAAAUAAACUGAGUCAUAUAUUGGACAA